UUGGCUCAGAAUGAGCGUUUAGUUCAAGAAACACACUGGCAUGGUCUGCUGAUCGCAAAACACAAAAAGAUUGAUUUUGAGUCUCUCUGAACGGAUAUCAGCUGCACAUAUCCUCAUCCCCAUCUUCCAGACGUCUCAUCUCCAACACUCUUUGUGUCAACGUGAUUUGAAUCAAGGGGAACUUUGGAAGAGUCUCUAACCACAUCCAACGCUAAAGAUCCAGGAACGACAUGGAUGUGCCCUUCAAUCUGUCCCUGUCUAAUCUCUCACUUCCAGUUUCCCCAACAUCUCCACCUCUGGGUCUUCACCAUCCCCUCCCGACCAUCAUCAUCAUCGUGUGUCUGUUUAUUCUGUUCGGGGGCUUUGUGAUCUUUUUGGCGGUGGGCUGCCCAUCGGGAGGGUCCUGGGGUGUGGAUGGGGACUGCGGCCCGGCAGACGGUUUCUCCUGCGGACAGACUCUGUCCAGCGAGCCCCAGCUGAAGCUCUGGAAGCGUUUGGGUUCGAUGAGGCAGUCGUUUACCUCCGCGCCGACCUUCAGAAGACCCGUUCAGCCAUACAUAGCCCAGAGCAGGAAGCAGUCGGGGUCAAUGCCGCCCGCAGAGUCAAAGACAAACGACUCCCACACAUAUAUUACUAUACCAGCUCUGCUGCAGUAUUCCACCGAGAUAUAAGCUUUGUUGCAUCACCUAGUGAGCUGUCUUGCUAUCUAGUACCUACAUAAGCAACAGCCUUCUAAGUGACUGAUUUAAAGUGCAUUUCAUAGGCAACAACUAUGUGCACCAUAGGAAACUUGACUCAAAAUUGAUUUUAAAGGAGUUGUAAGCUUGUUGCUAAGAUAGUGAUGUGAUUCUUCAAUAAGCACAAAAAUG